AUGGAGUUGCUAGAAGGGUAUCAUAGAGAAAGAGACUUAAGGAGGCUGUUAGAAGAGGCGAGACGGGAAAAUCACGAGCUAAGGUAUGAGGAGGAGAGGAAACGUGAGGUGGAAAGCAAACGCGUCAAAACAGAAGUAAACAUUGAUGAAAUAAGAAGGAGAACCAUAGAUCACGAGGUCUUAUGCGAGCUACGAAGCUUAAAGAUGCAGGUUGGAAGUUCACAAAAAGGCGACGAGGAAAGGGGAAGAUCUAGACGAAAAGAUCCACGAGGAGAUGGAGGAGGGAGGCAUAAGCUGAAAAACAAAGGGCAGAUCGGAGAAGAAUCGACGGCCUGGACGGAGUUAAAACUUCCAGAACUUAACACAACUUUGGAGAAAGUAUGGGAGGAGGUGAUAUUAACCGAAGAGAUAUCAGCACCACCAAAUCUGGGGAGAGAACCGGUCCCGGGAAGCAAGAGUCAUGAAUUUUGCAGGUAUCAUCGUUUCCACGGACACCAUACCAACAGCUGCAGGAGUGUAAGGAAGAUCAUACACCGGCUUAUCAAACAAGGGAAACUCGCGCACUACAUUGAUCGGAAGGAGACACCGAUGAUUACUUGUCACCACAAGCAAGCAAAGGAAAGCCGAGAAAGGAGACGAUUAGGCUGUAAUUUCAUAGCGCAUUCCAGGGGAAGUUUCCAUGAUUUUGAAGAUAAUGUACUCUCAAGAGUGUACAAGGUGGAUCGCAAAGGUAAUGAGAUAAUGAACUCCCCUAAGGAAUAA